AAUUUCGCUUCAUUCGGGAAGUGUUCGAACUGUCAGACGGACUCGAGAUUCUACGCGUGCUUCUGGCGUAAAUAUUUUUUAAUAAUAAAUAGUGACUAAUUGUCAGUUGUGAAGCAGGCAAUAGUCGCGAACAGUAACCGAUCUCAGCCAGAAAGACGGAAGUGAUUUAGUUUAUUUAUUUUUGAAAAGAAAUGCGAGUGCAGCAGAUCCGGUAGAUAAAAUUAACCUAACUAUCGAUUCCGCCGAAUCAAUAAUUUAACGCCAUCAGUGUGGUAUGUAGCUGUUUCUGAUUUCUUUGUGCGUUCGCGUAAUGAAAGCAUUGUUUGCGUUUUGUUACGUCGGAUGCGACCGCGCGGAAAACUGAAUUGUGAAUUGAUGUUGAACUAAAUUUGCAUAAUACAAAGUGAAUGAAAAUAAACAAGAAGGCUCCUCAUAGAGGGUGCGAUAAGUGUGUUUCUAUCUUAUCAAUAGCGCCAGCUCUACGAGAUGUAAUCUGCAUACGCAAACAAACAACGAGUGCUGUUUGUUCCCGUAAAUAUUCUUGUCUUCCAAAUCGAUCAAUAUCAAAAUCAAGCGGAAGAAAACGGGUGUGAGGAAAAUAAAGCACAUUACUGGAAAAAUUGUGCAAUUAAUAGCAACAAAUAUAGCGAGCAUAAGCAGAAGGGAUACGUGAAUCGAAUGAAUUUUGAGGCGUCUAGCUGGGAAAAGGUGGAACAAUUGCGGACAAUUUUAGUGAAAACAAAAAAAGCGGGAGAAGCAAGAAACGAGUCAGUUUUGUGAAAUACAUCAUACUCGGGCAGGUUCGACGGACGACAGUUAACAGAAUUUGACUGGAAUUUUAAACAGAUUCGAGUGCGUGCUGUGUAUGUUGACAAAAAUGGCUCUCAGCAAUUCGCAAUUUCAAAAUAUUGAGGACGAUGACGACGAUUUUCAAGAUGCAUGCGACACUGAAGGACCUGCACCAUCGAUGGAUUUGGAAGCGGCACUAUCGGAGGCAAAAAUAGCGGUCAAUCUGUUCUUCAACAAUAAGUUUAACGAAGCGGGAGCACUAAUGAAACCAUGGGCAACGUCCAGUAUGUAUCACUCGGUUGGACACAGCGUGUUCGCUUACUUGGAAGCGAUGUUAACUUUCGAGCAACAGCACAUAGCGGCCGCCUCGGAUGCGUUGAAGCAGUGCUUAGCGGUUUGCAAUCGCUAUCGGAGGAAGAACACUCUGACGGAAACCAUCGGGAAGACCUUCAAGAAGAUGAACUAUGACCAGUAUACCGACGUGGAGGCACAUGCCGAGCUGUGUACGGCGGAAGCUAUGCUGCUGAAAGCGAUGCUUACGUUCAUCGAGGAUGAAACGCUGACGAGUCUUAUUAAGGGUGGGAUGAAGAUUCGGAACUGCUUUGCUAUGUAUAAAGAAUGCAACACCAUACUUACCCAGCGCCAGUGGGAAUCGGAAAGCUCGAGGGUGCAUUUUGAGAGUGGCGUACGGAUGGGAAUGGGGACGUUCAACUUGAUGAUCUCACUGCUUCCUGGAAGGGUAAUAAAAUUGCUGGAAUUCAUAGGAUUCUCAGGGAAUAAGCAAUCCGGCAUGCAGGACCUAAUAGCGGGCUCCCAAAGUUCGGGAAUCCGGCAGGUGCUUUGCGUAAUGACACUGCUGGGAUACAAUUUAAUUGUAUGCUACGUUCUAAGCCACAAGGAGGGCGAUCUUAAGUUUUGCGAUGAGAUACUCUCGAAACAGCUGAAACUUUACCCCGACGGGGUAUGGUUCCUGUUCUUCAAAGGCCGCCUGGAGUUCAUGAACGGGAAUCUCGAUGAGGCACUGACGUGGUACAAGAAAUCCUGGAAGUCGCAAAAUGUAUGGCCACAGUUCCAUCAUUUGUGCUUCUGGGAAUUACUCUGGGUGAACUGCCUACGGUUAGACUGGCGAGAAUCUUUGCUCUUCGCAACUUACUUGGUCGACAACAGCAAAUGGUCCCGUACGAUUUAUACCUAUCAGAAGGCGUCCAUUAUGUGUAUGAUGAAGCGCUCGGACCUGACCGCACUCGAGUUGCGAACGUUGGAUGGCUUGAUGAAGGAAGUCCCGAAAUAUAAACAACGAAUCGCCGGGAAAUCUCUACCGAUGGAGAAGUUCGCCUGCAAAAAGACUGAAAGAUUUUUCGCCCAACAAUCAUUCCUGUACGUUCCGGCGCUGGAGCUGAUGUACGUAUGGAAUUUGUUUAAAAUUCUAGGAAAACAGUUUCGCCUAGCUGACGGGGUCUAUCGAAUAGUGGAGGAUAAUCUGAGCGAGCUUGAAGCGCGUCAGCAGAAUAAGAGUGGAGGUCCGCUGGUGGCGUUCGAUGUAGAUAAUAAGGCAUUGUUACUUCUGCUGAAGGGUGCUUGUUUAAGGCAAAUGAACAGUCCACUUCAGGCGCUGACGUGUUUGGAGGCUGUUGUGGCUAUGUACAAGAAUAUCAAAGAGGACUUUUAUGUGGUACCGUACGCGAUUGUGGAGAUUGCACUCAUCUAUGUUGACCAGGGAAAAAAGGAGCAAGCCAUCCUUGCACUCGAAGAUGCAAAGAAAAAUUAUAGUGGGUACUCAUUGGAAUCACGGCUCCACUUCCGUAUCCACACCGCACUGAUUGAGUUGAAGGGGAAAAGUUACGAAAAUAUAUCAACCGGAAGCGACUAAGAUACAAUCGACAAAGAACAGCGCUGAUAAGCUGAAGCCAUCUAGUCUGGUAUAGUUCGAAUCUAAGUUGGGUCAUAUCCAUUUAUAAAAAAAGUCAUUGCAAAUUAUCCUGUCAAGUGGUACGUGGUUACCCCGAAACCUCCUAGAAAAAGUCCUAGACUGUAAUUUCCUCGUUUUGAUUCAUUCUUUUUUCCCUCUCUCUCUGAACCUUCACACAGCGAUAUCCAAGACAUUAUCACUUAAUCGGUUUUAACGAGGAAUAAAUACAUAAAAAGC